UCCCCUUACAAAAAUAAGCUUUCUCACUGUUUUAGUUCCUCUCUGCUCAUUGCCUUCUGAUGCUGUCUUACAUUCCUUCCCCGUUUUUCCACUCUCCUCCCGUUUCUCACCCUUCUGAUGGCUUCACCCUCUCCAGACCCUGUGCCUGUCCCAGGGCCAUGGUGACACACACAGAGUCCAGCCCUGGAGAUCCCCAUUCCCAGAGUCAGGACACUACAGGUAAACUGAACACGAGAGUAGCAGGAAAUUCCUCUUCCAUGUCAGCAUAUCCCAGGGAAUACAAUCCACCGAUUCAUCCCUGGGUGUAAUGUAUUGGGACAGCUUCGUGCUUCGGUCACAUCCAGGCUUGGUUGCAUCUUUCCGACGGCAGAGGGUGCCCGGGAACCGGGAACGCUGUGCUGGAGACAUUGCCUGGGUCUGCCCAGCUCCCCCCGCUCUCAGCCAGCCGGGAAUUCUGUGUCAGCAUAAAAGACACCAGGGGCUGGACACUGCACCCUCUGCACAUCGCAGUGAAGCACCGAGUUACACACAGGGUUUGGGGGUUUUUUAAAAGUCUCCAGAGAGGGAAAAGAGGUGAGGAAGGCCAUUAUGAGUUUCCUUGGUUUAUCGGAUUCCCGUUGCACAGUUUGUUCUGCAAUUCCUUGGAAAGCAGAAUUCUCUGGGUAUAGGCAGGGUAGAUGAGGGACAGGGAUGGUAACUGGGUCUGCUGUUGUCUUCCUAGUGACACUAGGGAGAGAUACAAAUAAAUAAUUUUUUUAAAAAAUAUUUGUUUGUUUUUUUAAGUGAGGAAAAGCUGAGCUGUGAGCACCCCGGUAUAAGUUUUGAAUCAGUCACCACACUGCUCUCAGCCAGCUCCACAGAAAGCAGGAUUAUCCAUCCUGGGCCCAGCUCUGACAGGGCUGUGAGUGAAGGCUGUGGGGCUUGUGCUCCAUUGACCCACUCUUCCUCCUCUGGCUACUGCUGCCCCUUGCUUGAGGUGGGGCAUGGAAUAGGGGCAUAUUGGGCAGGAUACAGCCCAGCAGCCUUUCUGACAGCCUGCUCUGCUUUGGGGACACGUAAACCUGCUGAAUUGUUGCUGUGCUGAGCCCAACAGAGCGAUGCUGCUUAACUGGAGCUUUUAAUGUGCCGUGGAGCUGGUGCGUGCUACAAGGAGCAGCAGGGGCCGGAGGAUGCUUAGGACCCAGGGGAAGCGCUGUGGAGCCUGGCUGGCUGGGCUUGGAACGACUCCUGCCUCCCCAGCCAGCACUUCUCAGGUGUCCUGGUACGCGGAACUGUGUGAGGCGAGCGGGGCCCUCCUGGCAGCUGCCCCUGGACCCCCUGGGCACCCAUGUGCUGGCUCAGGGACCCCUUCACACCAUGAAUGACCAGUACCACCGAGCCGCCCGGGAUGGCUACCUGGACCUGCUGAAAGAAGCCACCAAGAAGGACCUGAACUCACCAGAUGAGGAUGGCAUGACCCCGACCCUAUGGGCCGCCUACCACGGCAACCUGGAUGCCCUGCGCCUGAUUGUGAGCAGAGGGGGCGAUCCAGACAAAUGUGACAUCUGGGGGAACACCCCUCUCCACCUGGCAGCAGCCAACGGCCACUUGAACUGCCUCUCCUUCCUCAUCUCCUUUGGGGCCAACAUCUGGUGCCUGGACAAUGACUACCACACCCCCCUGGACAUGGCAGCCAUGAAGGGGCACAUGGAGUGUGUGCGGUACCUGGACUCGAUUGCUGCCAAGCAGAGCAGCCUCAACCCCAAGCUGGUGAGCAAACUGAAGGACAAGGCCUUUCGGGACGCUGAGAGGAGGAUUAAGGACUGUGUGAAGCUGCAGAAGAAGCACCACGAAAGGAUGGAGAAACGGUACAGAAAGGAGAUGUCAGAUAAUUCGGAUACCAUGAGCUUUUCCAGCUAUUCAAGCAGCACCUUAAGCAAGAAGUUCCAGCACAUGUCUAUGGUGACUUCCCUGCCAUACUCACAAGCCACCAUCCAUGGCACAGCCAAGGGAAAGACGAAAAUACAAAAGAAAUUAGAGAAGAAGAAGCAGGUGGACGGGACAUUCAAGAUCUACGAAGAUGGGAGGAAAAGCGUGCGGUCUCUGUCUGGUCUGCAGCUGGGAAAUGACGUCAUGUUUGUGAAGCAGGGCACGUACGCCAGCCCCAAGGAGUGGACUCGCCGCAAUAUCCGAGACAUGUUCCUUACGGAUGAAGACACUGUCUCCCGUGCCAUAAGCGACCCAGGUUUGCACAUGGACUCAGCCCACUCGGAGGUCAGCACCGACUCUGGACAUGACUCUUUGUUCAACCGCCCCGGGCUGGGCACCAUGGUGUUCCGGCGCAACUACGUCAGCAGUGGGCUCUUCGGGAUCGGCCGGGAGGACGGGGGAGCGCUGGGGGAGGACAGCAGCGAUGGGAUGGGGGUCAAACUGCAGAGCCGCCUGCAGCGCUCGCCAAGUCUCAAUGACAGCAUUGGCAGUGCCAACAGCCUGCAGGAGAGGAACGCAGAGGAGCUGCCCUGGGAUGAGGUGGAGCUGGGCUUAGACGAUGACGAUGAACCAGACACCAGCCCCCUGGAAACUUUUCUGGCUUCCCUGCACAUGUUUGAGUUCAUCUCCAUCCUGAAGAAGGAAAAGAUUGACUUGGAGGCCCUCAUGCUGUGUUCAGACAAUGACCUGAAGAGCAUCAAUAUCCCACUGGGCCCCAGGAAAAAGAUUGUGGAUGCCAUCCAGAGGAGACGACAAACGCUGGAGAAGCCAGACGUCAUUGUAGACACUGAACUGUAAGUAGGAGAUGAGGUGUCUGAGAGGUUAAACCCUUCAGCAGGUGGAGAUGUGGACAAUGGAAAGUCUUGUUUUCAGCCUGCUUUGGAAGAGUAGGAGUCCAGGUAACCUCAGCACUUCUGUGUGUGGGCACAUUCCUGCUCAUGUGGAAAGGAUGAGUUUGGAGAGGUAGCAAUAGUGUUAGUUCAUUACUCAACAACCUUAAUGUAACUGGGCAGGACAUGAAGCCCGUGUUUCGUUUCAUAACCCAUUUGAAUGCAGACUGCUCUGUGGUCUGAUGCUUCUCAGUCCAUGCAGCUGAGAUUUUCAACCACACUCAUGCUUGUCUUGACUCUUCACCUUUUCGAGACAUUAGGAAAUCAACCGCAAUUCCCAGUGGGAGCAGGCUGACGGCAGUGCCCGGUGGCAUUGGGAAUCCUUCCCCAAAUGCCUGAGAUCUUACUCAGUCCUCUGGAGAUUGCAUAUGUGGGUUGGAGUUGUUGCUGUUUUAUGGUAUUUCCAGGGUUUGGUUGGUAGGGUUAAAGGACAGGGUACCUGUCAGAGAGGUGAAGGGAAGGCAACAUGCACUGCCACCACAAUUCACUGUGUUUGGCCUUCAGACAUCUGUGUGCUGAUUUUACAGUACAGCUUGUUCCUGGAUCCUCAGGGUGCUGAUGGAUUUUUUUUCUUUCCCUUUGCAGAUAGCAGCAGCAUCUUUUUUGAGUUUUUUUUUGGUUGGGGUUUUUUUUGUGGUUUUUUUUUUUUUUUAAAUUUUAUUUUUAUGCUCGAGAAACAAACCCAGUUCUAAGUUGCCAGAAAACACAAGCCAGAGACUCCCUUCCUGGGGCAGCUGAAAGCUACAGCCAUCCCCAGCAGUCCCACAGGACUGCUCCCUCACUCUGCUCCCUGUCUGUGCGAUGCUCCUGGGCAGUUCCUGGCACGGGGGGACAACAGCUGAGAUUGGACCAGGCAGCUCCAACCCGCCAACCUUCAAGGGAUCAUGGUCUCCCAUUCACUGGAGGAAGGAGUGAGCUGCACAGAUGGCUGGGAUGCUGCUGUCACAGGCUGUGAGACCACACCAAGCCAUGAACGGAAGGAGAUAAUGUGAUAUUUUCAAAGGGACAUAAAAUAAAUAAUUAC